AUCAAAACCAGAAGCUGUAGAGCGAAACCCAGUCCGCCAAGGGAUCUGGAGGCAGCAGCAGCAGCAGCAGCAGCAGGUGCAGCUAGAAGGGCAGAGGCGCAGAGGCAGAGGAAGUAGCAGCAGCAGCAGCAGCAGCGCCAGAGGAGAAGCUGCCAGGUGCAGGAAAAAAAAAGCCCAAGAACUGGACACUUUAAGCAGCAGCCCCAACAUGAGCACCGUGUUCAUCAACUCACGGAAGAGCCCCAAUGUGCUAAAAAAGCAGGGCACCGACCAGUGGGUCAAGCUGAACGUGGGUGGCACCUACUUCCUUACCACAAAGACGACGCUGUCCCGUGACCCAAAUUCGUUUCUAUCCCGCCUGAUUCAGGAGGACAGCGAUUUGAAUUCAGAUCGGGACGAGACUGGCGCCUAUCUGAUCGACCGGGAUCCUAAAUACUUUGCGCCCGUUCUCAACUAUCUGCGCCAUGGCAAACUCGUACUGGAUGGCGUCUCCGAGGAGGGAGUGCUCGAGGAGGCCGAAUUUUACAAUGUGACACAGCUGAUAGCCCUGCUAAAGGAGUGCAUCCAUCACAGGGAUCAGCGACCACACGCGGACAAGAAGCGUGUGUAUCGUGUGCUGCAGUGUCGCGAACAGGAACUGACCCAGAUGAUCUCAACGCUCUCGGAUGGCUGGCGUUUCGAGCAACUGAUCAGCAUGCAGUAUAGCAAUUAUGGGCCCUUUGAAAACAAUGAGUUCCUCUGCGUGGUCUCCAAGGAAUGCGGCACAACGGCCGGCCGUGAGCUAGAGCUUAACGAUCGAGCCAAGGUCCUGCAGCAAAAGGGAUCGCGAAUUCUUGGAAUUUAAGCAGAACCCCUGAGAUAAAAAAAACUGAGAACGAGAGCUAACCAUCAUCAAGAAAGUAACCAGAAACCACAAACCACAAAACCUAUAAACCCAACUCAAACCCAAAAAAAAGAAAACAAAACACCAAUUGGAAGAGCAGCCAAGGAAACUAGGAAACUAGCCACAGUCACAGCCUCAGCCUCAGCACAGCAGACAGCAGCAGCAGGAGCAGGAGCACCCAUUACCAACACCUUCACAUACUGGAUACACACCACACACGAGAUCAGUUCAGGCUCAAAGCAUCAUCGGUUAUCCUUGGGGGUAGACCAUCGACACGCUUCAAUUUGCAUUCGAGACUAAGUUAACAGCUAUUCACUGCGAUUCUCUCUCUUUCGUGUGCGUGUGUGGUAGA